AUGACUUCUCUGAGAAAGCUUUAUUUGAGCUCCAACAUAUUAAAUUCCACCAUGCCUGCCAGCCUCGGGAACUUAAAAGAUCUGCUGUACCUAGAUGUGCACUCGAAUGCUUUAGGUGGUUAUUUACCUCAAGAAAUUGGAAAUUUGAAGGCUGCAAUAUCCAUAGACAUGUCGCGGAAUAAGUUUGCUGGAAAUAUCCCCACAACGGUUGGAAAUCUGCAGAACUUGAUUGACUUCUCAUUGGCACAUAAUGAAUUACAAGGGUCUAUUCCAGAGAGAGUAGGAAAGAUGGUGAACCUGGAAUCAUUAGAUCUAUCUCAAAUCAAUCUCACUGGAGAAAUUCCAACAUCGUUAGUAUCACUCUUGGAGUUGAAUUACUUUAAUGUGUCAUUCAACCGCCUGCAUGGGAAAGUUCCGGCAAAUGGUUCUUUCCUCAAUUUCACGAGGGAAUCAUUUAUGUCAAAUGAAGCAUUUUGCGGUGGUCCUCCUCAACUGCGACUCCCUCCUUGCCCAAACAAUUCUCCUAAAGCAUCCAGGACGAAAAAGUUCCCCAAAGUCGCAUACAUCUUGUUACAAAUUGCAUUGACAGUUAUUGCAGUAAGUAUAUUCGUGUUAGUGCUCAUCAUGGCACAGCGUAGAAGCAUAAAUCGCACUCAAACAAAUCCACUCCCUCCAACCACCCAUGAAAGAAUCUCGUACUACGACCUUGUACAUGCAACUAAUGAUUUUGGUGAAAGCAACUUGAUUGCAAGUGGGAGCUAUGGUUCAGUUUACAAGGGGGUCCUUAGCGAUGGAAGUAUUCUGGCAAUAAAAGUUUUCAAUUUGCAGGUGGAAGGAGCAUUCAAAAGCUUCGAUGCAGAAUGUGAAGUCCUGCGGAAUAUUCGCCAUCGAAAUCUGGUGAAAGUCAUUAGCAGUUGUUCUAACCACGAUUUUAGAGCUUUAGUCUUGGAGUACAUGCCUAAUGGAAGCCUUGAAAGGUGGUUGUACUCUCACAACUAUUUCUUGGAUUUCCUGCAAAGGCUGAACAUAAUGAUAGAUGCAGCAACUGCAUUGGAUUAUCUCCACCAUGGCUACUCAUCACCUAUCGUCCACUGUGAUCUAAAGCCCAGCAAUGUUCUUCUGGAUCAAGACCUGACCGGUCACGUGGGUGACUUUGGCAUUGCAAAGUUACUUAGUGGAGGUGAAAGUAAAGCAAUAACAAAUACACUUGCAACAAUUGGCUACAUAGCACCAGAGUAUGGAUCUGAAGGUAAAGUGUCGAGAAAGUGUGAUGUCUAUAGCUUUGGCAUUCUGUUGAUGGAAACAUUUUCAAGAAAGAAGCCGACUGAUGAAAUGUUCACAGAAGAUUGUGGAUUGAAGGACUGGGUGAGGCAUUUGCUGCAAAAUCCAGAACUGGAUCUAGUUGACCACAACUUGAUAACUCCCCCGGAUGAAAAUUCAACAACAAUCGUCCAAUGUAUCUUCAAAGUCAUGGAAAUGGCGGUCACAUGCACUGUGGAAUCACCAGAGCAGAGGAUUGACAUAAAAGAUGCACUAAACGAACUCAGAAAUAUCAAAGUUCAAUUCUCUCCAAGUGAAUUAUCAAAAGGUAAAGAUUCAAUGCUUCAUCAUCACUUCUUAAAGACCGAGUAA